UUAAUUUCAUUUCAUAUAGUCAGUGUUUUAUUUGAUCUUUGCUUCCAUAAUUAAUUAUUAUAAAUGUAUCAGUCCCAUAAUAAAUUCAAAUUUGCCACAUAUCUCACAUAAAAAGUACAGUUUACCUCGCUUCGUCUAAACUAUUAGUAUUGCUGCUAUGUUCAAUGUCAUGGGAAUGUCAACAAACGAAUCAAUAGAUUUUUGUUUACUUUGAUUGCUUCAGUGUUUGGUUAUGUUGUGUUGACAGUAAAGUUGACACUUACGACAUAUGAUUGAUAACAGUAAUAUUGUGACGAACUCUUGAAGAGUGUGGAGCCUUCAACCUUAUGAGUGGGCUGUAAUGUACAAUCAGUUGGUGAGAGCUUUACCAAACGCCGUAUCCCAAGGUCUACUAGCCACAUAUUGUCGAGUUGGUGCGUGGGCAGCAGCUCAAAGAAGAGAAGAUAAAUUUCAUUCAGCGCCUAGGUUGGUAGUACUUCCCGGAAUGGAUGUCAAAAUCAUCCCUGCCCUUCAAGACAACUACAUGUAUCUAAUAGUGGAUGGAGAGACUAAGGAGGCAGCUGUAGUGGAUCCUGUAGAACCGGAGAAUGUCCUGGCAGAACUUAAAGGAAAAGACGUGAAGCUGACCAAGAUCCUGACUACUCAUCACCACUGGGACCAUGGAGGAGGUAACAACAAGUUACUGAAAGUUCAUCCUGAACUACCCGUGUAUGGUGGUGACAACAGGGUGGAGGGCCUGACUACGAUGGUUGAGGAUGGUGACAAGUUGUUCAUCGGAAAUCUUGAAGUAGAAUGUCUUCAUACUCCUUGUCACACAAAAGGCCACAUUUGUUAUGUUGUCAAACCAAAAAACCAAUCUCAAGCAGUGUUUACAGGAGACACUUUGUUUAUUGCAGGAUGCGGUAGAUUUUUUGAAGGCACUGCAAACCAGAUGUAUGACAAUUUGUACAAAAAGCUUGGAUCAUUACCAAAUGACACGAGGGUUUUUUGCGGCCAUGAAUACACAUAUGCGAACCUCAAGUUUGCCUCAACAGUGGAUCCUAACAAUCAGGCAGUCGCAACAAAACUGGAGUGGUCAGAGAAAAUGAGAGCAGAGAGGCAACCAACAGUUCCCUCUACCAUUGGGGAAGAGAAGGAGACAAAUCCUUUCAUGAGAGUUGAUACGGCAACUAUCCAGACAAGAUCAGGGUCAACAGAUCCUAUCAAGACUAUGGCUCAUAUCAGGAAGGAGAAGGACAAUUUCAAGAACAAGGCGAGAGAAUCUCAGUCAAGAGGAAAGAAAUCAUGAGCAUUAACUGUAUCUUCUUUUUUAAUGUGGAAGAUUUAUGAAAUGUGUAUUGCGUAAAUUAUUUGUAAAAAUAAAUUAAAUACAGUGAUA